AUGGAACACUCAUUAAUUCAAUUGAAUGAUUUACCUGAUGAAAUUCUUAUGAUUAUUUUGAAAAAAUUGUACAAUGUUGAAGUACUCUAUACUUUAAUAGGCAUUAAUAAACGACUCAACGCAUUUGUCCAUGAUUCAAUUUUUACAAAUUAUUUAACAUUAAUGAAAUUUUUCUCUUAUUCUUCUAUCCGUCCAUUGUCUAAUCCAAUACUUAAUCGAUUUUGUUUAGUAAUUUUACCUGAAAUUCAUCAUAAAAUCAAAUGGCUUAAUGUUGAAUCAUCAACUAUGGAACGUAUCCUUCUCGCUACAAGUUAUCCAAAUUUAUAUGGUCUUGGUUUAUAUAAUAUUCCCGCAGAAAGAGUUAAGCAUAUCUUAACAGGCAACACUGUUUUAAGUGUUCUAUUCAAGAAUCAAAUUUUAUCACUAAUUGUCCAUAUUAGUAAAAAUGAAAAACAAAUUUCAUCAGACGAUGUGAAUAAACUUAUAUUUACAGAUAUCUUUACUACGUUCACUAAUUUACAAUCUUUAAACUUCCAUCCAUUUCCAACUUGUUAUCAAGAAUUAUCAUUUAAGAAUUCACCUCCAACUCUUUAUUCAUCAACUCUCUUAGAACUGUAUGUUAACGUAACAUAUUUCACCGAUUGUCUCUAUUUACUUGAUGGACGUUUCAAUCAACUUCAUACACUUUAUGUUAAGAUUUCUUGGAUUUGGCCUUCAAGUUUAACAAUUGAUAAUAUGGAAAAUCUACCUCAUUUAAAAUGUUUUUCCCUAUAUUGUGACACGUAUACAAAUGUUUAUGAUGAAUUAAUUGUUCCACUUUUACAUCGAAUGUUAAAUUUAGAAAAAAUUGGUUUAUAUCUUAUAGUUUGUGGCAAGAACACAUUUAUCGACGGUCAUGAUUUGAAGAAAAAUAUUCUCAAUCAUAUGCCACGAUUAAAAAAAUUUAUAUUUAAUAUUCGCUCAACUAUUUGUCUUCGUAAUCAAAUUAAUUUACCAUCGAUUGAAGAUAUUCAACACACAUUUAAAGAUUGUCCAAAUAAUCAAAUUAUUUCUUGUGUUGAUUAUUUUCUCGAAAGUGAAUUAGGUCAAUGUCAUAUUUAUUCAUAUCCAUAUGUAUUGAAAGUUUAUCAUUAUAUAACAAAUAAUUUUCCUGGUGGAUAUUUUAAACAUGUUCGUGAAGUAUCAUUAUUUGAUGAAAGACCUUUUGAACAUGAAUUUUUUGUUCGAAUUGCUCAAUCAUUUCCAUUUAUGAAAAAAUUAACUGUAAACAAUGAAAAACCUCAAAAUGAUAAACGAUUUAAAAUAUCAGAAAAUGAUAAUCAACUGCUAUCAAUCAUUAAAUAUCCUUAUCUUAUUGAACUUGAUCUUGUUGAAGCUCAUGAUGAUUAUAUCGAACAAUUUCUUCUUCAUACGAAAACGUGUCUACCGAAUAAUGUUCACCUUUCUGUCGAUUAUACUGUAUUGAAAAGAGUAACACAAACUUUUACACGAAAUACAACACGAAUUAAUUGUACGAAACUGAAAUCUCUAGAUUUAAACGGUAAAUAUCGAAUUCCGAAACGUAUAAAACAAUAUUUUCCCCAUACAAAAAUAAAAUGA